UAAAAACAAAGUAACCCACAAAUUUCAAAUCUCGCCUAACCUCCAAAUCUCCUUAGCUGUAACCAUGUGGCAUUUUAUUACAAUUCUGUUGCCGCGUUUUAUUUGAGCCAUUAAUAAUUCCUGCAUAUAUGAUUGUUAAGCAACAUUAUCUUAAAAGCUAAUAAGAAAGGAUUUCAGAAUUAAGUGAAAUGGCUGCAGCAAAAGGUCGUGGUUUUGCAUAUCAUUCUCAACAGGUCCAAGAAUUACGUAGGCCUGGAGAAGUCGGUGUCAAGCAACAGUUUAGUGAUGUAGCUGAGAAAAAGACUGAGGGUAUUGAAAAAAAAAUUUCUGAAAUCUGUGUUGCUAUGAGUCAGAUCAAUGUGGCUGAUUCAACAGAAAAAUUAAAAUCUUUCACUCAACUUGUUAGCUCUGUUUGUAAGACCUCUGAGGAUUUAGAAAAAUGUGUUUCUAUUAUAUUUGAUUUUGCUGUGAAAAGUAAAUGGAAUGCACAUCUGUCGGCAAUUUUUUGCAACUAUCUGGGAGACGUCGCAACUAAUGGUACCAAGUUUCGAACAGUUUUAUUACGAAAACUUCAAAUAUCUUAUAAGGAUAGGAACAAAAAGUAUUUAGAGUUGGAAAAGUUUCUCUUGGACGCUGCAUUUUUAUGUGAAAUAUUUCAUCACAUGCAGAUUGAAGGAUGCUGUUUAAAAGUUCUAGCUCAUCCCAUUAUUGAUUACUUUGGAAUGUUAGUUGAUGGUGCUUCAUUUAAAGAAACUGAGCUUUUCGUUGAGCAUUUUCCAAAGUGCUUUAAGAAUCUCAAAGAGAAUGAUCCAAGUGGACUUGAUGUAUUGAUGACUAGAAUAAGAAAGCAAAUUGUUUGUGAAACUUCAACUGUUACAGUUAAAGCCAUGUUACUGGAAAUAUUUGAACUUGUAUUAACAGAUUGGAAACCUAUGAAUCAAAGUGCUAAGGUCUUAUAUGAAUCUCUUUCAAAGCCAAUUGUAAGGAUCUGUGAUUAAAUCUGAGAUUUAUCAUUUGUAAGAAGCAUUUUUUUUUUUUUUUUUGGGGGGUACUAUUCGGUUUCAAGGGUCGUAAAAAAAUUGCAGCGAAAAUGUAUGCGUGAAAGCGCCAAAUCUAGCAAACACGCCCAUUUAACAGGGUGCCAAAUCUUGCGUACGUGCUAAUUUCAAAUUGCGUAAGUUUAUAUAGUUCUAUAUUUCUUAAGACGCCAUUGAAAUGCUAGUUUAAUUUGUAAUUCCUUUUUUGAUAUCCUAUGGAUUUAACAAUU